GCACUGUUUACCACUAAUCGUUUGUUUAUGUUUUUAUUUUCCUCAAAAUGACAGAUGAUCCAAAUAAACCAUCAACUUCUGCCGCCGCCUCAGCCAAGGCCAACGCAGACGAUAGUCCUUUAUUUCCACCUGCCAAGCCGGGCAAGCGUGUGAACUAUGGAACAAACGACACAUUAGAGCUUCUCGAGCGCAUACCCAGCGAAUUGGUGGAUCUCAAACUGGACGAUGUCCUUACCGCCGUUAAAGAGGUGGACAAUCUCUGUGAUUAUGCGCGUUGUAAGACCAAGACCAGUCUAAUGGGCCAGGACUGUCAGCAUUGCAAAAAAAGGUUUUGUUUUAAGCACGGGUUGCCGGAAGUUCAUGGUUGCGGCGAGGAGGUGAAACGAGAUGAACGGAAGAAUUUUCUGCAUCCCAAGCCACUGAAAACUGUGCGCCAUGAAAAGGAAAUGGAGAAUGCCAAGAAACGUCUGGAUGCCAAGCUCAAGGAUAUGCAAAUGGGACGUACACAAAAAGCAAGCGGUACAGGCAAAAAAAAGAAGGGCAAAUAAAAAUAAAGAAUAAAUUCUAGUUCUAGUGUUAAACAAAACACAGCUGAUCGAAUGCAAUGUGAACAGCUGAUUCUGGCGUAUUGAUACACAAUAUUAAGAUGUUGAUUAAACGUUUCAAUUUAUUAAAUUUAAA